CAAUCACCAGGCGGCUCCCGUCAACUGCGGAUGACGUAAUUGAAGCGUGCUUGUGGACAGAGGGAUGUUAAGGUUCGUCUCCAGAACCUUUGCCUCCCUUCAAACUCAAACAAAGCUAGAUUCUGCUGCUGUGCUCCAGAGUGUCCUCUUUUCAGACUCAGUCAGUUCUGGGUUCAUCGGGGCGACCAGAAUGGAGCCCAAACUGUACCGACCCCCUCCCCAGGUCCGGGGCAUGACCUCUCUGGACAAAGACGCCUUCACACAGGCUAUUACAGUUCCAGCUCUCCUGGUACCAACGGGGGUCUUAAACAAAGUCAUGAAGAGUCUGAAGAAGUCCGCUAUCCAGCGUCCCGGUGUGCAUCGAGUGGUUCAAGACGGAGAGGAGGGCAGCGGUUUUCGGUUAGUCCUUUUGGACCCCCACAAAGUGUCGUCGGCGAGCUCUUUCAGUGAGGCUGAAGCAGAGGCCCUCCGUUCGUUUGGUGUCUCUGAUGAGCUGCAACAAUACGAGCUGAAGCUGACCUACGACAACCUGAAGACGGAGGAGGUGCUGGAGGCGGUGCUCCCUCAGGGUCAAGAUGUGACAUCAUCAUUCAGCCGGGUGGGACACAUCGCCCACAUGAACCUGAGAGACCACCAGCUGCCAUACAAGAACCUCAUAGGUCAGGUAAUUAUGGACAAAAACCCUGGAGUCACAUGUGUGGUCAAUAAGACAAACAUGAUCGACUCCACUUACAGGAACUUCAAGAUGGAGGUGCUAGCUGGAGAGGAAAACAUGGUCGCCAAGGUGAAGGAAAACGGCGUGACGUACGAGUUCGACUUCUCCCGCGUCUACUGGAACCCCCGGCUGAGCACGGAGCACCAGCGAGUGGUGCAGCUCGUUAAACGUGGCGACACCGUGUUCGACGUGUUCGCUGGGGUCGGACCCUUCGCCGUCCCAGCUGCCCGCCUCGGUGCCAGGGUUCUGGCCAACGAUCUCAACCCGGAGUCGUACAGGUGGCUGCAGCACAACUGCAAGCUCAACAAGGUGGAGAGCAAAGUCCAGACCUUCAAUCUGGACGGCAGGGACUUCAUCCGCGGGCCUUUAAAGCAGGAGCUGCCUGCUCUGCUGAAGGCGGACUCUGCGGUUCACGUGGUCAUGAACCUGCCCGCGCUGGCUUUGGAGUUUCUGGACGCUUUCCGGGGCCUCCUGCAGCUGGAGCCUCCCUGUGAGCAGAACCUCCCCACGGUGCACUGCUAUGGCUUCUCUAAAGACGACAACCCGGAGGCGGACGUGGUGGAGAGGGCUUCCCGCAGCCUCGGAUUCCCACUGGAGAACAAGUGCUCUGUGCACUUUGUGCGCAACGUCGCCCCCAACAAGGACAUGAUGUGUGUAAGGUUCACGGUGCCUAAAGAGGUCCUCUUCUGCAGCCAAGAAGCAAAAACAGAACCGACUGAGGAGCCGGCGCCAAAGAGACAAAAGUGUGAAGAAGCUCCAAAUUCUACAUGAUUUUACAAUCAGCUUGUCUCGGUUUUUUCUUACGUUUUCCUUCUCUGUUGUUGCAUCAUUUUAAGACUUUAAGUUCAAGUUUAAACUCCUAAAUAAUAUUUGAAUAAUUUUGAGUUUCAUGGGCUGUACAUGAACAUGUUUGCUCUUCAAAUAAAGCCACAUAACCCAAA